CCUGCAAUAACAUAACAAGUUGUCAUGUCAGAUGUAAACUCUACAAAAGUAAAAUAAAAACUUAAUUAAAUGAACUGUUUUGUCGAACCGGAAGAAACGGUAUCUGGUUCCUUACGGAAUAUCCUCAUUACACAAAUUUUAACAUUAACAUCAUUAGUUAUUGGAAUAUGGAUAACAAUUUACCUACUGAGUUCGAUUUAAUUGUAGUUGGUACAGGUGUGGUUGAAUCCAUUAUUUCUGCAGCUGCUAGUAGAGUUGGAAAGAGAGUACUUCAUCUUGACAAUAAAAGUUAUUAUGGAGGACACUGGGCAUCUUUCAAUUUGGAGGAUUUUCAAAAUCUUCGUAUAAAUGAUGCUGUUCCUGCAGAUAAAGAUUUGCAGCCAAGUUUGGGAGAUGCUGGUGAGGUGUUCAAGAUUUUUGGUAAUGAACUGAGCAAUAUACGGAAUUUAGAGGCAAAAUGGCAUGUAGAAAAAACAUUGCCCAAAGAUCUAGAUGCUUCCAAGGAUAAAAGCCAAGAAGAUGAGGAAUUGCAGAAGAAUGAAGAUAAACCUGAAAAAGAUAGUGCAGUUGAAGAAGAGAAAGGUGGUACAUCAGAAGAAAUUAAAGAAAAGAAACUUGAAAAGAAAGAACCAACAUAUUCAACACAAGAAUCAUUGAUGAAGGAUUCUCGAAAAUUCAUAAUUGAUUUAUGUCCAAAGCUUCACUUUGCAAGAGGAGUUUUUGUAGAAUUGCUUAUUUCAUCAAAUAUUGCACGAUAUUCAGAAUUCAGAAGUGUCAGCAGGGUUCUCACUUGGAUUAAUGGGAAUCUAGAAGUUGUUCCAUGUUCCAGAUCAGAUGUCUUCGCAAACAAUAGAGUUACAGUUGUAGAAAAGAGGAUGUUAAUGAAAUUGCUGACUUCCAUUGAAGGAGACGAGAAAAAUUCAACUGUACCACCUGAAACCACUUACAAAAGCUUCCUUAAAGGCAAAAAAUUAUCUGAUAAUAUAAUCCACUUUGUGUUGUAUGCGUUAUCAAUGAGUACAGAUGCAACAUUAUGGUUAGAUGGACUAAGAGGAACAAAAAGGUUUCUUCAAAGUUUGGGUAGAUUUGGAAAAACUCCAUUUCUAUUUUCUAUGUAUGGCAGUGGAGAAGUUGCACAAGCAUUUUGUAGGUUGAGUGCAGUGUUUGGGGGUAUCUUUGCGUUGAACCAACCACUUCACGGGUUUUUGAUAAACCCUGAAAAUGUUUUCCAGGGUUUAAUAUGUGGGGAUCAGAAAAUCACUGCUCCCCACAUGGUUUUAAAUAUGGGGUUGAUUCCUUUGUGUUUUCUGGAGAACACGGAAGCUAAUCUCAUAUCAAGAGCUGUUCUCAUAACCAAUAAGUCCUUAAUGGACUGCGAAAGAGAAGAACUGACUCUUCUGUUGUAUCCUCUGAAAAAUAAUAAACUGUGUAGAAUUCUAGAAUUAGGGACCCUUACUGGAACAUGUCCCAAAAAUUUGUUUUUAGUUCAUAUAACUGCACCAGGUUUAUCAAGUCCGAAGGAAGACUUACAAGAGUGUAUAGAGAAGCUGUUCACCACAGAUAGCAAUACAGAAUGUCAAAAGCCGAAAAUAAUAUGGUCGGCUUAUUUUUCUAUUCCCGAUACAAAUAACCAGGCGGUAAAGAGCAGUUUGCCAAAAAAUGUUUAUGCAUGUCCAGGACCUGAUUCUGAUCUUGACUAUGAUUACUCAGUUCAAAAGGCAAAGGAAAUAUUUUCCGCAAUAUACCCUGGAGAGGACUUUUUGCCGAGGGCUCCUGAUGCUGAAGAAAUAGUAAUAGAGGGAGAAGAAAUAGCAAUGGAGGGAGAACCGGAACCUGCAGCCGAAGCAGGAGUUUCAAGUAAUAAUGAAACUAAUACUGUGGAGGUUGAAGUAGGGUCUGAACAAUUAGGUGAAGGAUCUUCAGAUGCUGAAGUAGCUGAAGAAGCAAAAGAUUCAAAUGCAGGACUGAAUGAGCGUGAAAAUGAGGAUACCGAUAAAAAAGUUGAAGAAUGUUCUGAAGUGAAUGAAAUUACGAAAUAAUUCAUUUAUCAUUGAUAUUAUUGUGAUAUAAUAAUGGAAUAUUUAAUAAAAAAAUUGUUGAUGUUUUGGUGAAAUAUUAGCAAACUAAUACCAAGAAAGCUUGAUAUAUUCAGAUUCACAUUUGUGUAUGUACAUAGUAUAUGCUUUUUAUUAUCUAACAAUGUGAAAAAAUAAAUCUUCGAAGGUUG